AUGGCUAGAAACGCCUUCAUCAUUGGAACCUUUCUACUUGCCUCCGCGCACGCGACGACAACCAGCGGAAGUUUUACGGCACUGAGCUUCAAUGUCGCGGGUCUUGCAUCAAUCCUCAACUCAAACGAUGUCAAUGGAACGAAAACCGAAAAUGCAGAGGAAAUCGGCACUUAUUUCGCCGAGUAUGGCUAUGAUAUCAUUAAUAUGCAGGAGGAUUUCAACUACCACGCUUACAUCUACUCGACUGAUAACCACACCUACCGAACCGCAACAUCGGGUGGUGCGGGCAUCGGUAGUGGGCUGAACACAGUCUCUAACUAUGACUGGCUCGACUUCACCCGCACAAAAUGGGAUACCUGCUCCGAUGCGUCGGAAGACGACUGCCUUACUCCCAAGGGCUUUACUUUCAUGCGCUGGAACCCAUCUACUGGAGUAUACAUUGAUGUGUACAAUCUUCACGCUGAUGCUGGUACCGAGGAUGGCGAUGAGACUGCGCGCAACGCUAACCUUCAACAAGUCGCUGACUACAUCGACACCUGGUCUAUCGGAAAUGCCGUCCUCAUUAUGGGUGAUACCAACAGCCGCUACACCCGCUCUGCGGACACUGGCAUCCGUGUCUUCAAAUCCCAGAAUGAUUUGACCGAUGCCUGGGUCCAGCUGGAGCAAGGUGGUAUCUACCCCACCGCGGGUGCAGAUGCGGUUGUAUGCGAUAACCCAUCGACGAUUGAGACGUGUGAGACGGUUGAUAAGGCUCUGUAUCGUGGAUCCGAUAUUGUAACCUUGGAUGCCACCAGCUUCACUUACGAUGGUGAAGAGUUCCUCAACACAGAUGCGGACUACUUGGGUGACGUUCUUUCCGACCACAACCCUAUCCUAAUCGACUUUACCUGGAAGCUGUCUUCCUCUUUCCGACAGAGUGAAUUCUCUGGCGGACCUCAUGGAGACUGGUUUAAUGAUCUUACCAGUAUACCAUCUUCUCCUGCGGCCUCUGUUCUCACGUUUGCGGGUGGCAGUCGAUUGGACUCCGUUGCCAUCGAGCUCACUGACGGCACUACUUUUAGCCACGGCGGAACUGGUGGCACAUCGGUUUCCCUUACUCUCGGAACGGAUGAAUACUGGACUGAGACUGAGCUCUGCACUGGCGAAUACAAUAGCGAGACUCGGAACUUCUACAUCAAGGCCACCACUAGUGCAGGAAACACACUCGAGGCGGGAACUUCUACUGAUGACUGUUCUACUUUCACUGCCGAUGAUGGCUUUGCCGUUGUGGGCUUCAUGGGACAGGAUGGAGAUGAGAUGGAUCAGUUGGCCUUGAUCUAUGCACCUUACUGA